AUGUGCAUGCAUGCAUUAUUUUGGUUGAUCGAUGAGUCAUAUUUCAACAUUAUUCUUCUCCGUCUUUUAUACUCAAAUGAUCUGACUGAACAAUUACAAAUGGUAGCCAAAGGCUCUGCUGAUCGACGCUCAUCGUCGUCGACAGGUUCUUCAACUAAACGACGAAUAUCCUCGACAACAACAAGCACUCAUGAGAAGAAAAAAAUUGUCAAACCGAUGGGAGUAUGUAGUUUUUGUUUGGGUGAUGAAGAUAAAAAUGCCCAAGGUAUCCCUGAAGAUAUGAUCAGUUGUGCUGAAUGUGGAAAUUGCGGACAUCCUUCAUGUUUGAAAUAUUCGGACCGACUAAUUGAAAAAAUCAAAACGCUUCAGUGGCAAUGUUUGGAUUGCAAAAAGUGCAUUGUCUGUCAUAAAGGAGAUGAUUCACUACUAUUCUGUGAUUUAUGCGAUGCAGCUAUUCAUCCGAAAUGUUGUACACCACCGUUGAACCAUGUACCUAAGGGUGAAUUUGCUUGCGCUAAUUGUCGUCAAGACGGAACAGUCAAAGCAGCUAAACAGAAAUCCUUGAAGAAAACCGCAUCGAAACGUUCUCUUCGAAGUCAGAACUCGAGCGAAGAAGAUAUCCCUCCAGUGAUCACACGUCCUGUCGCACAGCUCAUCGAUGGCAUGUCCAACUUCUUCUUGCCGAAGAAAGAUAAAAUGAAUAAUAUCCAGCGACAACAAUCGAUUCAGAAAGCAAUGAAAUAUUUACGUAAUAAACCCUCGAAUUCGAAAGCACUCAAACGGCUUCAAACAAUUCCUUUGACAAAGAAGAAAAGUCAAUCGUUGGCAAGAAGCAUCUUAGCAUCAUCAAAAAUACCACGAAUACGGCGAAAGCCAUUGAAUUUAACUGAUGAUUCACCUUCAAACUCCCAAACCAAUCCAUCUACAUCUGUGCGACGUUCAGGAAUUAAAAAGUCAAUUACGUCUGAGCCAGAAACGGCAUCUUCUCGAUCUAUUCGUCGAUCGGGUACUCAUGCGAGUGAAGACUCGACUAAAGCGAAUGCAUCUCGAUUAUCGAAGAAACGAAAACAUUCGAUAUCACCCACACCGUCAACACCAGUGGGAACUAAAAAGCGAACAAAGGACGCUUCUUCGAUAAAAAAAUCGCCGUCAAAACGCAAAGAAGCCAAAGUGGAAGAAGCCGAGUCGGAAAAUGAAGAUACUGAUGAUGAACAAAAGGCAACAGUUUCAAAACGAAAACUAAAUUUAGAUCUGUCAAAAUAUACAACACCUCCAGGAUUUCUUAACGAUUCACUUCCCGAUACCAUCGUCGCUCACGAUGUCUACCUAUUUCUUGAUGCACGCAAGAAUUCAACGAAACUCAUCUCUGACUGUUCGGAACAAUAUCGUCAUUCAACAGAUGUUGUUGAGGAUGAUGUCAAUAACACACGUUGGCCGCCUUAUAUAGUCUUUGGUAGUGAAUUAAUCAAAACCUGGUAUUCAUCAUCGUAUCCUCAAGAAUAUGCGCGUGUUCCACGUCUAUUCGUCUGUGAAUUCUGUUUGAAAUAUAUGAAAUGUGAACAAGUCUACGAUCGACAUCGUAAAAAAUGUCAAACAUUUCAUCCUCCAGCGAAUGAAAUCUAUCAUAAAGAUGACCUUUCGGUGUUCGAAGUCGACGGAAAUAUCAAUCGUAUUUAUUGUCAAAAUUUAUGUCUUUUAGCCAAAUUAUUUCUCGAUCACAAGACGCUUUACUAUGACGUCGAACCAUUCCUUUUUUAUGUUUUAACCAAAAAUGAUUCCAAUGGUUGUCACUUCCUCGGUUACUUCUCCAAAGAAAAACAUUGUCCACAAAAAUAUAAUCUCUCCUGUAUUACCGUUUUACCUAACUGUCAACGUCGAGGCUACGGACGUUUUUUAAUUGAAUUAAGUUAUUUACUAUCACAAAAAGAGAAUCAGAUUGGAACACCUGAAAGACCACUAUCAACCCAUGGCGCGCAAACGUACGAAGCAUAUUGGAAAGUCAAAAUCGUUCAGCAACUGUUAAACUACUAUCACAAGGAGUAUACAAAAUGUACAAUAAAAAACUUAAUGAAUGAAACGGGAAUGGCACCGGAUGAUAUACUUGACACAUUACAAAAUUUAGGUUGUUUAACGAUGUACUCAAAUGAAAAACCAGUCAUUCAUGUUGAUAUUACAAAAAUGGAACAGAUCAUGAGAACGGAAAAGAGCAAACACGCACAUUGGGUGUCACUCGACGGCGAAUUUCUCCGCUUCACACCUGUUCUCAAACCAAUUCUAUUAAUCAAUGAUGAGAAUUCUUAUGAAAAUCAAACGAAAAUGAUUGAAGUCGUUUUCAGAAAGAUUGAAUCUGAUCCAUCGGAAUCUGCCGGAAAUAUGACAGAUGCGGUUGACCAUGGGAACACAACUGAAACGGUUCGUAUUGUUCGACGAAGGAAAUUCGGACGAAAACGUCGGUCAGUUUACGUGAAAUGUCGAGCAGCGAAUAAAAGCGGAACGAAUACUGAAAAUCAUCACACGGACGAGCAUUCUCAAGAAUAUAUUUCUCGUCGGCGAGAUUCUCUAGUCAAUGAAUCAACGAAAGAUGCAACCGAAGAUGAUGAUGGCGAAGAAAAAGAAAAAGAAGAAGAAGAAAAAAUAAGAAGUCCGAUUACGCCUAAAUCUCCCUCAAAACAGCCAACAUUUAAACAAUUGACAAUGGAUCAAUUUCUGAAAAAACUCCCAGAAACUUCAGCCAAAACUGAACAACCGAAGUCAGAGAAAAUAUUUGAUCUAAGUCCCAAGACCAACGAUAAUGAAGAAGCUCAUAUAGAUGUCCAGACUGAUAACAAUGAAGAAUUUCGAUUACCAAGACGAACAAAACGUUUAUCGAAUACACCACAUGUAUCAAAAUCUGAAACUGAUUUAACCAAAAUGGCCAACGGAGCAACAAUUAGCGAAACAUUGAAAAAAUCCAUUCCUUAUAAUCAAGAUUUCUUACUGAGACAAAUCAGUGAUGGAACUGAAAAGUCCAACGAUAGUUCACCAGCUCCGGUUAAUUCGCCGUUACCAUUUAAAAAACGUGCUUGGACUUCGUCCAAUGUUCAAGCAUUGAUCGAUCCGCCUAUUUCUUCUUCUACGUCUACAAAGAAAAAUGAUCCACCAAAUUUAAGCCGUGAAACAAGCUUAACAACGCCGUCGUCGACAUCCGAUGCUCUUGCAAAUCCGUUACUAACAUCGUCAUCAUCAAUCAAUAGUACUGAUGAAGAAACCAAAAUUGCUCGUAUAGAAUCUCAAUUAAAAACGACAGUAGAAGCAGUGAAAGAGGUCGAUGCAAUAGAUGAUCAACCACCUAGUCUAACAUCACCAACAUCGAUGAUUGUUUCGCAAUCCAAUCAUUACAAUUACUCUACAAGAAGUAGUGUUGCAAGACAACAACAACAACAACUACUACAUCAACAGCAACAACCAAUGGCAUUGAAUAGUUUCGAUAGUUCAACAAACAUGAAUUACAAUUUCGGACAAGCUAUGUAUCCGUAUCCAUAUUCAUCAGUACCACCGAUAGAUAUGUCGCCAUAUUACUGUUCGCCAUCAGGUAUUCCGAUGAACUAUAUGCCUUACUAUCCGACAUCGUCACCUCCUAUGUAUCCUACAAAUCAACAAAUGUGUUAUUCACCGAAUGGAAUUAAUUCACACCCGUAUACUGGUAACUCAACAACACCAACAGCAUCCUACAAUUAUCCAACACCUCAAUCAUCGUCAAAUCGACGACGUUAG